AUGUCUGUGUGCGUCUCUCUCUCUCUCUCUCUAUUUCUCUCUCUCACCUACUUUCUUUCAUUCUCUCUUUCUUUCUCUCUCUCACCCCUUUCUCUUUCUCUCUCUUUCUUUCUCUAUCUCUCUCUCACCCACUUUCUUUCAUCCUCUCUUUCUUUUGCUCUCUCACCCCUUUCUCUCUCUCUUUCUGUCUCUCUCUCUCUCACCCCUUUCUGUCAUUCUCUCUUUCUUUCUCUCUCCUACCCCCUUUCUUUCUUUCACCCCCUUUCUUUCUCUCUCUUUUUCACCAGCUUUCUUUCUUUCUCUCUCUCUCACCCCCUUUCUUUCUUUCUCUCUCUCUUUCUUUCUUUUUUCUCUCUUUCUCUCUCUCUUAUCCAUUCACAUUCUUUUCCCUCUCCCGAAUUGGUUUCCUUCAUUUCCAUCUUAGCAGAACUGUUCCUCCUUUAUAUUUUUUAUAACUUUUUCUCUUUCUUUCCUUUUUUUUCUUUCCCUCGUUCUUUUUCGCAGUACCGCUGUAUGUCCACCUUUGUCUUUCCUUUCUCAGCCAGUCGCUUAUCAAGGCGACAGACUGAAUCUGUAAAAGACGACGCUAAUAAAUCGCUCCUGUCACACGAGGUUGCUAAGCAAAGCGGAGAAAGAGAUUCGUAG